GUGGGAGGUGUUUAAGGCCCGUAUCACACACGCGCUGAAUCGCUGCGAUGUGGAGGGGGCGGCGCGGGUGUGGGGCCAGGAGGCCUGGCCCAGCCUCCUCGGUAAUUUCCUGACCACUGCAACUUCAGCCAAUGCCGCACCUGCGGCAGCGGUUGCUAACAGCCCGGCUGCACCGCUAUCUCGCCGUCAAGCCGCCAGCGGUACGGCGGUCUCCGCCGCUGAGCCGUACAACCUGGCCUUCGUACGGCGGUACAGAUCCGCCUUCGAAGACGCUUUCGGCGGGCCUGGCGGCGACAAGCUAAAGCAACUGGCCCAACGCGCCCUCCAACAGCAUCAACAGCGGCCCCCAGGGCAGGGAGAUGACCCACGGGUCGCUGCCGGGAGGGCGGCGGUUCGAGCCUUCCUGUCCGCAGCCAACGCGGCAGGCCCAGGUAACGCCCGCGCCGGCGGUCAUGCGCAGUGGGAGGCCCUCCAGGCCGCCGGCACCCGCAGUCUGUCCCUCCUGAGCCCCUGGUUCGGACGGUACGAGCAAGCUGUGGCGGAUGCGGGAGCGGUUGGCGGUUAUGGCGGUUACGGUGCCGUACAAGAUUGCCGUACGGAGCUGCUGCUGCCGUCCAUGGCUUUCGCAACUGCCAACGCGCCGCCGCCGCCGCUGCGGUCGUCGAGGGGCCGGCGGCCUAAUGGGAGCAGAGGAGGUUCGACUGGGGGAGUUGCCCGUAGGGGGUCGGCAGCAGCAGGUGGUGAGGAGGAGGCAUGGCUGCUGCCAGCGCUGGGUUGCGAGGACUUGGCUCCUGUGACGGUGGUUGGAUUCGGUCGGUUGGUGAGCGUGUUCGGCAGCAAGCAGCGACCCAAGCUGCUGACCAUGUACUGCAGUGACCUGAGCAGCCGUCAGUGGGUUGUCAAGGGCGGCGAGGACGUGCGGUUGGAC